UUUUUUAGCCCUUCACCACACGAAUAAGUAUAAAGAAAAAGAAUUUUGAUCAGCAUGCAAUCUGUCUGGUUGGCAGUCAUUUACAUUGGUGGAUGGAUUCUUGCCAUGAGAAUCUUUGGGUUUUUUUGGAGAAGAAGAAAGAUAGCUAUUAGCACUGCUGAACCAUGGUUCCCGGAAAACGAAGCUCGAGCACACUAUAUGGCACUCUUGCAACAGACAGAGCCCCAGGAGGCCACGGACGCACAACUGAAAGCAGCACUGUUACGACGAGCUAUGGAGGCUGUGAAUCGAGUUUUGUCCAUGCGUGAGGACAAGCCAGUGUUGACCAGUUUGUCCAAACAGGGUAUAUUAGGAGAUGAUAUUUGGAAUGAAUUCUCGCUUGCGGAAAAAGAGCUCGAGCAGGAGAUAAUGGCUAUUAUUGAGGAAGCUGAAACAUUUAAGGAAGGAUGGGGGGAGACUAUCCUUCAAACAGCUAGCGAGAUGGUAAUGAAGGAAAGCAUGAGAUGUCAAAGAAAAUGGAAAAGGAGAUGAAGGCGAGGCAGGAAGAAGAAACAAAGGAUCAGGCGCUACAAGAGCAACGCAAAGAACAAUCAAAGAUACAGAACGAAAAGAAUAAGGAGGCUCGUCUGGAGCGUGAGCGUGCUAAAGCAUUACAGGAACUUUUGGCAGAGGAAGAGGCAGAAAAAACUAAACAACAACAACAAAAAUCUCAGAAAAAGAAAAAACCCACACCAUCAUCACCCAACUCGAAGAAGAAAUGAAACGUCUUUAUUACCUUGACUGCAUUUAGAAUAUAACCAUUCUAGGACGCCAAAUAAAGGAAGAACAGCCUCGAAUAAAGAAACACGAAGAAUUUGUGGGAGU